AUGGACAAGGAUGUACGAGGAAUAGAAAGAGGGAAAUGUGCUUGUGGUGAAUGCGAGGAUUUCAUGAGGUCAGAUGGUGCAACUUGUGGUUAUUGUGGCUGUUUGCCGACUCGCCAUUCUAAAAAGGAUUCCCGCUACUCCUCUGACUCUGUUGGUGGCACAUCGGUUGCGGGAACAAGUGAAAGUGCAACUCCAGAGAAAUGGAAAGAUGAAGACCUAGGGUGGUUCCCGAAGUUGUCGGUUCAAGCCCGAGUAGCUUAAGUCAAGAAUCCUCACCGGAAACUGAUUUUACACCAGAACCCCGCGCGGAAAAUCAAAAUACGGGCGAAAGCGACACGGGUCGAGAGAGGCAAUUAUGUUAGUUGGGAGAAUACAGUUUUAUGAUAUAUAUUUUUUUCGACACCUGUAACUAAUUUAGACUAAUCUUGACUGGUAGCUUUGCUUGUAUAUACAAAAUAGAAGCGACAUGGAGUAAUUUUUCCUUGCCAAAAAACCUGUGACCCUCCACGUGUAGAAAAUAAAACAGGUUUGACCCUUCCCAAUUUGUAAAAAAAUUACUAAGGACCCUCCCCCCCGAAACCCCCCCCAAACCCCCCCCCCCCCCCAAAAAAAACAACCCCCCCCCCCCCCCCCUCCCUUUUCCGCCCUUUCCCCCCAAAAAAAAAAAUAUUAUAACACCCACACACCACCCACCCCCACCCCCCCCCACAAAACCACCCCCCCCAACCUAAAAAAAAACACUACACAACAACACACAAAGACAAAAAACAACUUACCUUGUUAUUUUUUACCCCCCCCCCCCCCCCCCCCCCCCCCCAAUAAAAAACGUACCUUCCCUUAUCGUGCCUGUAUUGUGCGACUGUACCGACCAAAAAAUCGUAUUCGGAACUACCCUACAAGCUUCCAACACUACCCCCUACUAAUAAACCCACCGCGAAACCUUAAUAAUCAAGGCUACAACCAGGCUCAAUGUGAAUGCAAUCAUUUGAGCUUUAGUUUCUUCGCGUACAUUAUAAUUUCAAACAACUGCCCCUAUACGAGAGCAGUUGUCCUGAAUGUUGACAGGAACUUUUAAUUUCACUAGGUUUGUUCUUGAAAUAUAUUUUUUUAAUAAUAUGAGCCGCUUCUUUCUUUCUUUUCUUUUUCUUUUAAUAUACCACAAGACACUUUUUUUUAAGUAGAAUGCUACUCAGGCUAACUUUUCAGUUCCUCUUGAAGCACUACGAGCCUUAACAUAAAUUCUUUCAGUUCGUUUAAGCUUAACCUGCAUGGGUACUGAUCACAUUCGCUGUCCCGCUGAAACUAAUUCCUUACCCUGCUGCGAGCAGAGGCUACAUUUUCGCUGUGUGAGCUGGCGUGCGAAAAGUAGCCUCUGCCGACAACCGUUCAAAUCCGUCCAGAAAUCUGCACGAAUAAAUUUAAAAACCGGGUUUUUCCUGUUCUUGACCAGUUUAGAGCAUUGCGUGAGUUUUGCGUAGCAGAUCAGAGUUAACGCAAUUUUGUUAUUCCCGCGAAACUCGCGCCAUUUGACGACAGACCUGACGACAGGAGCCUGCUGACGAUUAAUUUUGCUUGCGAAUCGCGUGAUGAAUUUCGCGCAUGCACGAUAGAAAAUUGAACGGUUGUCGGCAGAGGCUACUUUUCGCACGCCAGCUCACACAGCGAAAAUGUAGCCUCUGCUCACAGGGUACUAAUUCCUACGUGAUACUAAAAACUGCAGUUUGGACCUCUAAACGAAAUGGCGUAAUGUCCGAAAAUAAACCAUAGAAUUUGUGGCUUUACCCCUUAUGUCGGCCCAAGGAGUUGUCUAGCUAAAUAUCGGCCCAUGAAAUACAAACAUUUUACUUUUGGCGUUUUAUAUUAGGUGUUUUGUUCUCCUCUUCGUCGUCUUGGGGGCAGCUAGUUUGCGGCCAUGUAUUUUUUUCCCAUUUGAAUCCCUCGACUCGCAUCAUGGUGUUAAGAAACUUUGGGAUCAGAAUUUCACCAAGUCGAGUUAGGUUAUAUCAGACUGUGUGUGUAUGAUAGUCCAUUUCUUUCUACUUGGUGGGAACAGCAUCGCAAGCAAAAGCCCAUGA